AUGCGCACUACGAGCAUUGUGGCGGGCCUGUUGGCCACGCUAGUUCCAGCCGUUUCAGCGACCGCGUUGACGUACAAACUCGAUGCUCAUGAAAAAGCGUGCUUUCAUGCCGAUGUGACGCAGAAGGAUGUCAAGGUGGCUUUCUACUUUGCUGUGCAAUCCGGCGGCUCCUUCGAUAUCGAUUACCAGGUCACGGGACCCCUUGACAAGGUGAUUCUGGAUGGAACAAAAGAACGACAGGGCGACUUUGUAUUUACUGCGCAGAGCAUCGGCGAAUAUAGCUUCUGCUUCAGCAACGAAAUGUCGACAUUCGCCGAAAAGCUAGUAGACUUCGAGAUUGCGGUCGAAAACGAGCAAAAAGCCGAACUCCCAUCCCGGCAAGGCGCAAGCCCCGAACAAGCCACCGCCGUCGAAGAAUCCAUCACAAAGGUGUCGCACCUCUUGUCCACCAUCUCGCGAAACCAGAAAUACUUCCGUACGCGCGAGAACCGCAAUUUCAGCACUGUGCGCAGUACCGAGAGACGGAUUUUCAAUUUCAGUGUUAUUGAGAGUUUGAUGAUGAUUUCGAUGGCUGGUUUGCAGGUGUUUAUUGUGCGGUUCUUUUUCCAGGGGGCUAGGAAAGGUGAGUCCCUCUACCUCGCUUUGAUGUAUUGGGCAAUGCACACACUCCCAAUGCCGAUCGAUCCAGCAGAAGGUCUACCCUCCGAGGACAUCUCGGGCCGUACCAUUGGCAUCGGGCCCAUGGAGACCGCGCCUGGUGUCGACCCUCAUUCCUCGGUUGACGAUUACAAUCGCGUGAUGCUGCAGUAUACUCAGCGCCAAAUCGAAGCCUUCACCCAGGCAGGUGACAUGCUCGGACGUCGUAAUAGCGCGAACAGCCGUAGCAGCGGUAGCAGCGGUAGCAGUGGCCAGAGCAACACGUCCUCUGUGACCAACAUGGCCAGUGCUGGUACGGCUCUGCCACCACAGCAGACUCGACGAAAUACCAAUACUGAGCCCCAUGGAGGGGCUCGUACAUAG